GGCCCAGGCCAGGAAGUACAUAGCUGACUCUAUGGGGAAGAGAUAUGCAGAUCCUGUCAUCCUGAACCUAGAGGCCACCUGGGGGGAAAGUGACCCCAGAACACCUCUCAUCUGUCUCCUGUCCAUGGGCUCUGACCCCACCAACCAGAUUGAGGGGCUGGCUAAGAAACUGCAUACUGAAUGCAGAGCCAUCUCCAUGGGUCAGGGUCAGGAGGUACACGCCAGGAAACUGGUGGCCUUGUUUAUGCAGUCAGGAGGCUGGGCACUGCUUCAGAACUGUCACUUGGGUCUGGAAUUUAUGGAUGAACUCCUGGAGACACUGACUGACACAGAGACUAUCCAUGAGGGCUUCAGGGUGUGGAUUACUACAGAGGUCCAUGACAAGUUUCCCAUUAGUUUACUACAGGCUUCCAUCAAAUUUACCAAUGAGCCACCCCAGGGUAUCAAGGCUGGUUUGAUGAGGACCUAUGUCGCUUUCUCCCAGGAUUUCCUGGAUAUCAGCAGUAUGCCUCAGUGGAAACCUAUGCUGUACACUGUCUCCUUCCUACACACUGUGGUACAGGAGCGUCGUAAGUUUGGUCCUCUUGGCUGGAACAUUCCAUAUGAGUUCAACUCUGCUGACUUGACUGCCAGUGUGCAGUUUAUCCAGAACCAUUUGGAUGACAUGGACGUCAAGAAGGGCCCCUCCUGGAACACAGUCCGCUAUAUGCUGGGAGAAGUACAGUAUGGAGGGAGGGUCACUGAUGAUUAUGACAAGAGACUCCUUAAUACAUUUGCUAAGGUGUGGUUCUGUGAUGCAAUGUUUAGUGACAGCUUCCAGUUCUACAUUGGUUAUAAGAUCCCCAAGUGUAAAACUGUGGAGCAACAUUUGGCCUUCAUAGAAGAACUCCCCACAGUGGACUCACCUGAAGCUUUUGGUCUGCACCCCAAUGCAGACAUCACUUACCAGGGUAACACAGCCAAGGAGGUCCUGGACACCAUAGUGAACAUUCAGCCCAAGGAGGGUGGGGGAGGAGGUGGAGAGACCAGGGAGAGUGUGGUCUUCAAGCUGGCAGAUGAUAUGUUAUCUAAGCUACCUCAGGACUACCUGCCUCAUGAGGUCAGGGACAGACUGAAGAAGAUGGGUAUCUUGCAGCCUCUGAAUAUCUUCCUGAAACAAGAGAUAGACCGCAUGCAGAAGGUGAUCACUGUGGUACGCACCACUCUCUCAGACCUGAAACUGGCCAUUGAGGGUACCAUUAUCAUGAGUGAGAACCUGAGAGAUGCCCUGGACAACAUGUAUGAUGCCCGUGUGCCAGCCCUGUGGAGGAAGAUCUCCUGGCAGUCCACCACACUGGGCUUCUGGUUUACUGAGAUGCUGGAGAGAAAUGACCAGUUCUUCACAUGGAUCUUUGAGGGCAGACCUAAGUAUUUCUGGAUGACAGGGUUCUUCAAUCCACAGGGUUUCCUGACAGCCAUGAGACAGGAAGUAACAAGAGCUCACAAAGGCUGGGCUCUAGACUCUGUUACACUGCACAAUGAUGUCACCAAGUAUCUCAAGGAAGAUGUCACCUCUGCUCCUUCAGAGGGUGUCUACAUCUAUGGCCUAUACUUAGACGGUGCUGCCUGGGACAGAAAGAACUGCCGCCUGGUGGACUCCCAGCCCAAAGUCCUCUUUGUCCAGAUGCCAGUAGUCCACAUGUAUGCCAUCAACUCCACGGCCCCCAAAGACCCUAAGCUGUACCAGUGUCCUGUGUAUAAGAAGCCACAUCGCACAGAUCUCACCUAUAUCACUUUUAUUGUCCUGCGUACUGCCGUCAGCCCAGACCACUGGACCUUGAGAGGAGUGGCCGCUCUCUGUGAUAUUAAGUAAACCUAUUCCAGCUGUUUGUUUGUUGUUGAUGUUUGCUUAUUUUUUUUCCAUUUACGAUGUCAGAAAAAUAUAGGGACAGAAUAUAUCCAAGAGAAUUCACAGAACAAUAGGAAUGGAAACACCUUGAAAUUUGACUUGAAAGAUAGCAAA